GUGAUCUGCUCUGGGGUGUGGAGCCAUGGCAUCUUCCAAACGCCUAGAUGGAACGACGUCCAAGAAUACGGCAACCUGGGAGGACGUGCCCGUCAAAGCUGCGCACCCACAUUCUGGAGCUCCUACACGUCUCGCCUCACUAGGGACACUUUUGAGAAAUGUGCUUUUCGAUCGCAGGUACUAUUGGGUGAUGGCAGUCAGCGUCCUCGCCUUCGAGUGCCUCGCGACUGGAAUAAUAAUCAAGAAAGUUCCAUAUACAGAGAUCGACUGGAAAGCCUAUAUGCAAGAAGUGGAAGGGUAUCUUGCUGGCGAACGGGAUUACACCAAGCUUAAGGGCGACACUGGGCCAUUGGUCUAUCCAGCCGGUUUUGUUUAUGUGUAUUCUGGGCUAUACCAUUUGACUUCCCAGGGAUUCGACAUACGUUUGGCUCAGUACUACUUUGCAGGGCUCUACUUGUUGACCCUUACAGCUGUCCUAGUGCUUUACCGCCAGUCCACUCUGAUGCCUCCAUAUAUUCUACCGCUAUUGGCGUUUUCAAAGCGACUUCAUUCAAUAUAUGUUCUCCGGCUUUUCAACGAUCCCGUCGCCAUGUUCCCUCUCUAUCUUUGUAUGCUGGCCAUGGUGAAAAGCAGGUGGCAGUUGGCCGCUGUGCUCUACAGUCUCGCCUUAUCUAUUAAAAUGAACAUCCUUCUUUUUGCGCCUGGUUUUGCUUUGUUGACCUUUCAAGCUGUUGGUUUUCAACAGUCGGUGGUAAAUGCAUUCCUUGCUCUCCUUGUGCAAGUAAUAUUGGCUGUGCCUUUCCUGAUCCAUCACCCUUCAUCAUACCUUAUUCGUGCCUUCGAUUUUGGUCGAGUCUUCCUGUACAACUGGACCGUAAACUGGCGCUUCAUGGACGAAUCAGCAUUUCUGAGCAAGAGCUUCGCGAAUGGGUUGCUCGCCGCACAUGUUUUGUGGCUUGCGCUCUUCAUUGUCAAAUGGUGUAAACCAUAUGGAGGACUUCUGAACGUGUUGCGGAGCGGAUUCAAUCGCCCCGGCCGCGUUCACGAGAAGAUGUCGGCUGAUCAUAUCAUGUUCAUCAUGUUCACCUCCAACCUGAUAGGGGUUACAUGCGCACGAUCGCUGCAUUACCAAUUUUGGUCUUGGUAUGCCCAUGGUUUGCCGUAUCUCGUCUGGCGAGUGAGGGGCCGUGCAUCACUAGGGGUUAACGGGCUGCCAGCUAUCCUGGGGCGUGUAUUGAUUUUAGCGACUUUAGAGUACGCUUGGAAUAAGUACCCAUCUACUAGUCUGUCAUCAGGAUUGAUGUUGGGAUGCCACCUAGCAUUGCUGGUGGGUCUAGCUCUCACUGCCAGUAAUGGCUUCCCACAGAUACGUGCAGGCCAGAACGCAUUAAAGGAUGAAGAUGAUAAUAUCUUAAAAGAAAAGUCUCUCUAAAGUAGCCGUGACUCUGUGUGUAUCCGCCUAUACAUGAGUGAUAUCCAGAAUUCAGGUCAUAUUCUAGCCAUCGG